UGUCACCAUCAAAAACACAGAUAUUUUUGAGAUUAAGUUAAGCCAAACCUGUGCUCCCCUAUCAACAAUCUCAACAACUCAAGGUAUAAAUAACGGAUGCCGGUCGGUCUAGCUUUUAUUUGGACGACGAGCGACCCAAAUUUCCCUUCUAUUGGACCGCGCAUCCUAAGAGGGUGAUUUCCUGGGCCAAGUCUGCUAUGACUCGAAUUGAGUUGGAAGUGGUCAGUCAGCUUGAUCAGCUACCCCGACGGACCUCUUCCCGAACGCUCAUCGGCUACCUGGGUUCCAACGCUCUAUGUACUAGAGUGUUCGAUUUCUUUGGUGCAAUGGAGAAAGGUAAAGUUUUUUUUACCGAUGAUGGCUCGACGAAAAGAAGAGUUUCAGAAGACCGGAGAAGGUACCUCCUUCGGUAUCGUUCGUCCUCUGCUCCCAAAGUCCAUCAUUCCUUCCUGCACCGUCAACGCUGCUCUGCAGAUAGCCCUGGAGCCUCAACCUUCUUCCACCCCUCCUACUUCAGCCCCUGCUCCCGAGGUUGCCCCCGUAAAAGUGGAGGAAAACGGAAGUCCUCUCGGGAAAGGUCUAUAUAUUCACAUAAAAGGCGAAAGAGGAAAAUUCCCGAGGGGCCUUUGAUUGUUGGUCCGUUGGACUUGAACGUGAGAAUAGUGGAGCACCUUCAAUAAAAUCUCACUCUUGACAAGAAAAAACCUUUCAAAGGAAUGAACGCUGGUGAAGCCUUGGACAUGGGGUAUGAAUUAAAUUUUCGAUCCAACAUUUAUAUGGUCUACGCUAUGGGUGCACUAAGUACCUAAUGACCGAGGAGCUAGACUCUGCCCGACAAGACCUAGAGGCUUCCUUGAAGGCAAACGAGGAUCUGACUCAACACUUGGAGAAGGUCCUGAAGAAUGUAGAGGACGAUCGGGAAAAAGUUGUUGUCGCUCUUACCAAGGCCUAAAAUGACAAUCGUCUACUACAAAGGUCCAACGAAGAUCUUAGGUUAGAUCUUCAGAGAGCAACCGGGAAGAAUAAAGACUUGGUCAAGGAGAGAGAUGCCCUUUUGAGUGAGAGGUUGACUAUUGAGAACAACUUUCUAGGCGAUGAGAUUUGCAAUGAACACCUCCUUGGCUUCGAGAAGGGGAUUUCCGAGUACCAUUACUUUUUCAAGGUGCCACUUGAUCAACCUGGUUAUGAUAUUAUGAAGACGCUGGUUGACAGACAACUUGUCACUAUGUCCCUUCCUGCGGAGACCGAGGUGACUGCACCGCCCAUGCCAUCCGUGACAGAGGAACCUCAACGUGUUGAGGAUAUCUUAAAUAGUAAUAGGUCAUGUAUGAAAUAGGUUUUCCUUGAGCAUUUUCUAUAUUUCCUACUCGACA